CCGUUGAAAUCCGUGUUGUGAUUCGUACACUGCUGACAUGUCUAACAGAUGUGUUGUGGUCUGUGUUUUACUGGCAGGAUUUUGCUUCAUUUCGUGGAAACACUCGUUGAUUGGUGUUAAAGAUGCUCUGAAGCUGGCUGGACGCGGGUUCAUAUUCCUGGGCAUCUGCACAUGGCUGAUUUACAUGUUCCCGAGGCUGAAAUAUUUCUUCUUUCCAGUGUGUCAAGAGCUCCCAGACAGCCCCCUGCUUGAAUCCAACAGACAGAAAGAAGAGCAAGUCAGAAGAGCUCAACAACAUCAACACAAUGACAAGACAUCUGACUAUGCUGAAAGUGUGAUAAAGCCGAGGCAGAGCGUGUUACUCCAGCAGAGAAUGGAACGAUACCAUCGGAUGACAGGAGAGACCUGGAAACUGAGCCGGGGUUUUCCUGUCGGGGGGGAAGAGGACCAAAGGUGUGGUGAUGCUGGUGUAGACGAGAAUCCUAAUCAGGGAGCCAGAAGGAGACGCAAGCUUCUUCAGACCGUUACCCAAGAUCCUGUUCAACAGGAAGUGCCCAAGCAGAAGAAGGUCAUAGUUUUGCCUGACGAGCCAUCAGCGGAUACUGAGGGGGUUGUAAAAAUAGCUCUAAGAUGUCCAAGCGGAAGAACGAUCUACAGGACAUUCCUCAAAUCCUGGAGUUCUCUGCUGCUUCUUGACUGGAUGAUGAAGACAGGAUACCAUCCUGCUCUCUACACGCUGUGUACAUCCUACCCGAGGACCGUGUUGAUCGCUGCUGCAGACGUGAGCCUGGAGGAGGCUGGCGUUCUCACCAACACAGUGCUGAAUGUGGAGGAGAAAGAGCCGUCCAUUACCUAAGAGCACUUCUGUUUCUGAAAAGCUUUUAUUGGACUGAAUGGAACUGGUUAUGGAUAUCAAUGUCAGUGCAGUAAUAUCAUGCACCAGUUGACAGGAUUUUAUUCUUUAGAUGUAGCAUAAUUGGGAUACAUUUCAGUGCAAAUGCUUUUCUUUGCUGAUCUUAGAUUUUCUAUAAGAAUUGAGAAUCAGCUUUUCAAUGUUUUUUUAUUUUUUAUUAAGUCAGCAUAAAAAUGAAAACCAGUGCAACCAGUGUUGGGGA